CUACUACUUGAGUGACAGGAGAUACAUUAAGAUGGCAACUUUCAGAACUUUAAAAAAUGUACUUUUAAUUUUCUUGAUAAUUUUAAUGGUAAAUUCAGGAGAAACAAAAUCAAGAAAAAAUGAAGAAUCCAGUCUUAUUUCUGAAACAAGUGAUAAUUCAAUUCGGAGUCAAAUCUUUGGAGAUAUAAAGCGUGCAGAGCGAAAGAGGCGAGGAACUGAUGUGUUUUCCUCCCAAGAUGCUCAAUGGGUGCUAAGUUUACAUAACUCUAUAAGAGCGUCCGUUGGCGCUUCAGAUAUGAGAUAUAUGGUCUGGGACAAUGAAGUAGCAUCCUUAGCACAACAAUGGGCCGAUCGCUGUGAUUUUGUGCAUGGUCAGGUCCCCAAUUCUUUAUCUCUCGGCCAGAACCUCUAUAUGACAACUGGAACCUUCAAUGCUAAUUCCUCUGUAAAGUCGUGGGAGAAUGAGCGAUUUGAUUAUACGUAUGCCACAAAUAAAUGUAGAGAUGGGAAAGCUUGUGGUCAUUACACACAGAUUGUUUGGGAUGACAGCUUUAAACUUGGAUGUGGAGCCACUCUGUGUCCGACACUGACCGAUAGCAAAAAAGGAAGGUCUUGGUCAGAUGCAACAUUAGUAGUGUGCAACUACAACCCACCAGGCAAUUUUCCUCGUCAGCCUUAUACUGUUGGAGAGGGGUGUUCUGAUUGCGGUCCAGGACUAUUCUGCUUUGACGGCUUCUGUAGAGAUUGCUUUGCUGAAGGCAUUACCUCACAAUGUACCUGUGGGAAAGAGUGUGCUAAUUGUGGCACGGUUACUAAUGAAUGCAGCUGCAGUUGUCCUGCUGGAUGGUGGGGAAACAGUUGCCAAGAUGCAUGUGUUGAUGUCAACGAGAACUGCAAUGGUUAUGGAGCUAAUGCAUGUGAUGAUUUCUACGCCUUUAUGACGAAAAAUUGUGCAGCUCACUGCGGAAGAUGUGUUGGUGCAACUGGUGACGGAACUAAUGUGUGUCCUAAAACAACGGAAAAGCCCACAACAACAACAAAAAAGCCCACCACCACUACGAAAAAGCCCACAACAACAACGAAAAAGCCCACCACCACUACUAAAAAGCCCACCACCACCACUAAAAAGCCCACAACAACAACGAAAAAACCCACUACCACCACUAAAAAGCCCACAACAACAACGAAAAAACCCACUACCACCACAACAAAAAAGCCCACAACAACAAAAAGGCCAACAAAAGUAACAACAACUGAAAAGAUGGAUCCUUGUGAAAGCUUCCAGUGUCAAAAUGGAGGUGUGGCUGUAGAAUCUCAAUCCCAGUGCCGAUGUCAAUGUACAAAUUCUUGGUACGGAAGACGCUGUCAACAUUCUAGGAAUGAAGCCAGUAGAGGAGUUCAGCUCACUGCCACAGCUAGUGCUGGUUUAUGGCAGGCCAUCUGGGGAACCAUUAGGAACAAAGUGGCGGACUUUCUUACAAGAUACUGCAAUAACAAAUUCAGGCGUUGCUGUCCUGACAAAGGAAACAGGAGAAACAAUGACUUUUUAGUCUAUGCAACAGAGAACAACAUCAUAUCUGCCAAGGGCUACCCUACAGAAGUUGAUGUGGGUCAAAGGAAGAGACUAACUGUUGUCUUCUAUGCAGAGGUGCCAGUUGAUAACCCUUUGUGUUCUGAUGGAGAUAUAUCAACUCAGCGUGUACGGAGAGGGUUAAAAGACAGAUUCAACAGAGCAGUUUCAGAUGUGUUAUACUUGGACCAGGAGACAUUGCUAGAUGCAUUGAAGGAAUCAGAAGCCUCUCUGCAGGAAUCUCUGGAAGAUUGUUGUAAUACAACACUAGAGGCAUUGGAAUUGCCUGUAGUGCCAUCUAUUGAACAGAACAAUGAAGGACCAAGUUGGGAGAUAUUUGUCAUUGUUGCAAUGGGCCUUGUGAUGCUGGUUAUACUAGCUAUUUUAUUGGCAGCCUGUAUUAUGUAUAUCAGGAGGUCUAAAUCUAAAAAUCAAGACAAAAACAGUGAUGCCAAAGUUGAUACAUUCAGAGAUACAGCAAAUCUCAAAGGCCCAUACAGACAGCAAGAAGUUUCUAGCAUGCAGCUUAAUUUGCCACGUUUUUUCCCAGUGGUCGGUGAAAGUUACACAGCAGACUCAAAAUCAGCGAUAGCUUUCACAAAUAUGAAUAACAAGGACACAAAUAUGAACAUUCCAAAGAGAUUCAUGUAUGCUCGAUCAAGUAUCAAUAAACAAACUCCAUCCUUUCAAAUGUAACUAAUCAGCCUUUUAGUCAUGUGCGAGAGGCAAUUUCUUGACAAAUCUCAAGCUGGGGUGAUUCAGUAUGUGACGUGUCACAUGUAAAGAGCUUACAAUCUUGAAUGUCAUAUUGGUUAUCAACGCAUGUAUGAUAUGUUCCUUUAACAUGCUUGUUACACA